AUGGUUAUCGACCAAAGAACGAUUCGCGUCCCAUACGAUGGCGGAAGGGGCAUGGAAGAAAGGAGAGGGCCAAAACCCGCCCUUCAGACUGAUCUGAAAAAGCCGUUAAAUGACGAGUGGUGCCUGCCCCACGAAGAUGACUCGGAAAUCAUCAAAGAGCAUGACAGCGCUAGCCUCACUGCUUUGAGAAUACUUGAACGAGAGGCCUUGCCUCUGUUCCAUUACAUGGAGAUCCAAGAGUGCGUGAAGAAUGGAUGGGCGUCGCGGUUGCGGAUCUGUACAAAGUUCAUCCAGUUCGGCACUUACCUCCGCAUCCCCCUCGAGACGGUCCACCUAGCG